CUCAUCGAUGGUUGCUUUUUGUUGACAUCAUAAAACGGGAAAACGUUUUGUCACGUUUGAAAAAAAGCGUUUAAAAAAGUCUUACGCAAACGUAUCUCUUGUAUAGCAGUCCUUUAUUAUCUUGGAGCGACACGAGUGAGAACGAUGGGACGCAUCUUCUUGGACCACAUCGGAGGCACUCGCCUGUUCUCCUGUGCCAACUGUGACACGAUUCUGACCAACCGAGCAGAACUCAUCUCCACCCGCUUCACUGGAGCCACUGGCCGGGCCUUCUUGUUCAACAAGGUUGUAAAUCUACAGCACAGUGAGGUUCAAGACAGGGUCAUGCUGACGGGAAGACACAUGGUGCGCGACGUCAGCUGCAAGAACUGCAACAGCAAGCUGGGUUGGAUGUACGAAUUUGCCACGGAGGAAAGCCAGCGCUACAAGGAGGGCAGAGUCAUCCUGGAGAGGGCGCUGGUGAGGGAGAGCGAGGGCUUUGAGCACGUGCCCGCCGAUAACUCCUGAGCUCACGGCAGUGACUGUACUGCUAAGUCAGCUUUGCCUCCAACAGCGGCGCACUGAUUUGCAUGCCGGGAGAGUCCCAACAACGGCAACGUAAUAUCACAGUUUGAAGAGCGGGUUCAAACAUGGAGAGGUGGACAUGGAAGUGUGACACCACCAUCGCUUCCAUUUCUCUUACAAUUUCACUGUGUUUAACAGACCGGGAUGUUCAUUAUGGUGUGAUGUUAUCGGAGAAGCUUGUUAAACUGUGAAGUUUCCGGGUCUAUGCGGGAAUAUACGCUUUGGGCCAAUUUAGACUGUUCAGUCUGAUUAAGUGAGGGGGAAAAUGCAAUAUAACAUUUUGCACCAGUCAGUUCCGUGUGAUGCCGUUGAUUUGAAUUUUUCUCCAUGAUGGAGUUAAUGUCCACCUCAUGAUAAAUUAUAGACUAUCUUAAGGAAUCAAUUGUGAUCUUUUUGCAUGACUGUGCACUUUAGUUGCCCCCCGAUAUCAUAUAUAAAUGCCCUUUUGAUUCAUGUUACCUGUCAAGUUGAUGGAUCGCAUUUGGUUAAAUGUAGUUGUUUAAGUUUACUGUAUUUAGAAUGAUAAAUACAUACUUACUCAUGUUGUAUGCUGUACCAACCUCACCUUGAUGAUUGACAAAAACAUUACAGGGGCUCCUCGUCAAAAUCGUUAAGUAUAAUAGUAUGUUGAACCUUAUACAAUUUGAUGCUAUAGCGGUUUGGAAGGAUGAAAAUAUUUGUCAUUUUGAGUGAGAAAUAAAAGAC